CAGACGAUACGAUGUUUGCUACGGAAAGUUACGUUCAAUCGCGUAAGGGUGGUCGUGGAACAUCUCGUUUUGACUAUUUGCAACAGUUAAUAACGGAGUAUCAAGACACGUCUAAGCAAGAGGCGAGGCGACAAAUCAUCGCGAAUUUAGCCAACUUUGCUUAUGACCCAUACAAUUAUGCCAUAAUGAGCGAAUUGAAUAUCCUUGACCUCUUUUUGGAUGGACUGGAAGAGGAGGAUGAACUGAUAGUGGAAUUUGCAAUUGGGGGUAUUUGUAACUGUAUUUGCUACCCUGCCUUUUCGGAAUUAGUGGUCAGUGAAAAGGCCAAUUUGAAGAACAUGAUACGCCUAUUAUCGAGCACGAAUGAAAACACGUUGAUCUCUGCGAUGGCGACUCUUUAUUAUUUAAUGGACUAUCCUCAAGGUUUAACCAUCCUUUCGAAGGCUUCUGUCCAAACCGCAAUGCCAAGAUAGCGAACAUGGCAUCAUGCAUACUGUCUCGUCUGU